AUGACAAUAAUUUAUGAAUUUAAAUAUAGAACGACAAACCCGUUAUUUAUGCUUUUCCAACAAGAACGAUCUGUAGACAUUGUUAGAUCAUUAAUUGAUAUAUAUCAAAAUGAAGGAUAUAUGCCCGAUGGAAGAAGUGGAUUAGAGAAUGGGAUUACACAAGGUGGUUCUAAUGGUGAUAUGGUUGUGGUUGAAACAUACUUAAAAAAAUUAGGCAUGGACAUAAUAGACUGGGAACUUGCUUAUGAAGCUUUAAUAAAAGAUGCAGAAGUUGAUCCUUUGGAUCGCGGCAUAUAUGAGGGCCGCCCUUGCAGUAGAACUAUAGAGUAUUCUGCCAAUGAUUAUAGCAUCAGUCUUAUUGCUAAAGAGUUAGAUAAAUAUGAUGACUAUAUUAAAUACAAAAAACGAGCAAGAAAUUGGGAGAAUCUAUGGAAUCCCAAUAUAACUUUUAAUGGUGCGAAAGGAUUUAUCAUGCCAAGAUAUCAAGAUGGUAAAUAUCAUAAUAAAUUGGAUAUAGAUGGUUCUCAUUUUGCAUUUUAUGAAGCUACUUCAUGGGAAUAUAGUUUGGAUAUACCAUUUGAUGUAAAAAGAUUAAUUGAAUUAUCUGGUGGUCCAAAACUCUUUGAGGAACGACUUGACAAAACAUUUUCCAAUAAAAAUUAUCAAAAUGGAUACUAUAAUAUAGGAAAUGAACCAGAUUUCUUUCAUAUUUGUUUAUAUCAUUUUAUUGGAAAGCAAUAUAAAAGUGUUGAGGUUAUUAGAGAUAUUUUAAAAACUAAGUUUGGAAGUGGGCAGGAUGGAAUUCCAGGAAAUGAUGAUUCAGGUGCGAUGGGAAGUUGGUUUGCUUUUAAUGCGAUAGGAUUAUAUCCACUGGCCGGCACGGAUAUAUAUCUAAUUAACUCACCACAUUUUAAUAGAAUAACAAUCAAUUUAUCGCCACAAAUAACAUUCACAAUUUUGGCUUAUAAUUUAACUAACGGAUCUAAUGUAAAUCCAUAUGUUCAAAGCGUAAAGAUUAAUGGUAAAAAUUGGAGAAAAACAUGGUUUAGACAUUCUAAUAUUGCAAAUGGAGCAAUUAUGGAAUUAGUUAUGGGUCCAGAACCAAGUAAAGUUUGGGGAAUUAUUGGAGGAAAUGAAGAUAAGAUUGAUGUAGAAUAUAGAGUCGUGCCUCCUAGCAUGAAUUUUAUUGUUGAUGAAAAUGAUAUCCGAACUCGUUGUGUAGUCUGCUGCACUAAUACUUCACAAGCUAAAAAGCGAAAGCAAGAAGAAACUAAUAAUUUCAUGGGUGAAAAAGAAAACAUUAUUAAUUUUAACAAUGUUGCAGAUUAUAUUUAUGAUUCACUUUUAGAAUAUAAAAAUCUAAAUGAUGAUCUUGAGAGACAAGUCCAUUUUCAUCUUCAAUUUGACAUUGAUCUAAAUUCUAUUUACGAACAUAUUUCACCAGUUGAAGUUACUACAAAAGAUAAUCCAUAUAUUUAUGUUGCUAAUUUGGCUUUUCAUAAUCGCUUGAAAUUCCUUGAAAAUAUGGAAUCCAAAGUAAUGCCAGUGGAAAAUUUGGUCAAAGAUAUUUUGCAGCACGAAAAAAGGCAUACACUGCCACGAACGUGGAAGGAUAGCAAUGAAAAUACGCAAUAUUAUGGAUAA